AUGGACGCCCGCGCAGAGAAGGAACAGCUUGCCAUGGCCUACGCUCAGACGUACCCUACCUGCACCGAGACCGGCGGGUUGAUGCCUGUUCACACAUCGAGCACGCACCUUAAAGUCCCUCUCCUCGUCGCCAUUCCUGCAACUCUGGCCCCUCGCGCCCAACGCCGGCAACUCAUCUUCGACGAGGAAGCCCAGGAGCUUCUCUUGGCCGAAUACACGCCUUUUACUCAGUGGGCCGCCACUUUUCUCAUUUGUGUUGGCCUGCUGGUCUGCAGUGGGGUCAUCUAUCUCGCCAUUUGCGCUUCGGUUCCGCUGCCUCCGCAAGGCCUGACCGCGGCCUGA